GGCACCCUUCGGCGAGCGCUGUUUGUUUAGGGCUCGGCGAGUCCAAUCAGGAGCGCAGGCUGCAGUUUUCCGGCAGAGCAGUAAGAGGCGCCUCCUCUCUCCUUUUUAUUCUCCGGCCGCGCGGCGCAGACCCCGGACUCGCGUUCGCCCGCCCGCCCGCACCCUCCGCCUCUCUUCGCGUCUGGGAUCUCCGCGGCGCCUCUCCAUGCGCUGCGCCCGCCCCAGGAACUAGAAGUCAGCUGAGAGCGGCGCCGGACCGUGGAUGGCCUUGACUGACGGCGGCUGGUGCCUGCCAAAGCGCUUCGGGGCCGCGGCUGCGGACGCCGGCGACUCCGAGGCCUUUCCAGGGCGGGAGCCCUCCACCCCGCCUUCUCCCAUCUCCUCCUCAUCUUCCUCCUGCUGCUCCCGGGGUGGGGAGCGCGGCGCCAGCGGCGCCAGCAACUGCCGGACACCUCAGCUUGACACGGAGGCGGCGGCGGGACCCCCGGCCCGCUCCCUGUUGCUCAGCCCCUACGCCUCGCAUCCCUUCGGGGCUCCUCACGGACCUGCGGCGCCUGCUGGGGUCGCCGGCCCCGGGAGUGCCCUGUCUAGCUGGGAGGACCUGUUGCUGUUUACUGACCUCGACCAGGCCGCCACUGCCAGCAAGCUGCUGUGGUCCAGCCGCGGCGCCAAGCUGAGCCCCUUUGCUCCCGAGCAGCCAGAGGAGAUGUACCAGACGCUCGCCGCGCUCUCCAGCCAGGGGCCUGCCGCUUACGACGGCGCGCCCGGAGGCUUCGUGCACUCUGCAGCUGCAGCGGCGGCGGCAGCUGCAGCGGCCAGCUCUCCGGUCUACGUGCCCACGACACGCGUGGGCUCCAUGCUGCCUGGCCUGCCGUACCUGCAGGGGGCCGCCAGCGGGCCUGCCAACCACGCGGGAGGCGCGGGCGCGCACCCAGGCUGGCCCCAGGCCUCUGCCGACAGCCCCCCGUACGGCAGCGGAGGCGGCGCGGCCGGCAAUGGGGCCGCCGGGCCUGGCGGCUCGGGCUCGGCCGCAGCGCACGCCUCGGCGCGCUUCCCCUACUCGCCCAGCCCGCCGAUGGCCAACGGCGCGGCGCGGGAACCGGGAGGUUACGCGACGGCCGGCAGCGGCGGCGCUGGCGGCGUAGGCGGUGGAGGCGGCAGCCUGGCAGCCAUGGGCAGCCGCGAACACCAGUACAGCUCGUUGUCGGCGGCGCGGCCGCUGAACGGGACGUACCACCACCAUCACCACCACCAUCCGAACCCUUACUCGCCUUACAUGGGCGCGCCGCUGACGCCCGCCUGGCCUGCAGGGCCCUUCGAGACCCCGGUGCUGCACAGCUUACAGAGCCGCGCUGGAGCUCCUCUCCCAGUACCCCGCGGCCCCAGCGCAGACCUGCUGGAGGACCUGCCCGAGAGCCGCGAGUGCGUGAACUGCGGCUCCAUCCAGACGCCGCUGUGGCGGCGGGACGGCACCGGCCACUACCUGUGCAACGCCUGCGGCCUCUACAGCAAGAUGAACGGCCUGAGCCGGCCCCUCAUCAAGCCGCAAAAGCGCGUGCCUUCGUCGCGGCGGCUUGGAUUGUCCUGUGCCAACUGUCACACUACCACCACCACCUUAUGGCGCCGGAAUGCUGAAGGUGAACCCGUGUGCAAUGCUUGUGGACUCUACAUGAAACUCCAUGGGGUGCCUCGACCUCUUGCUAUGAAAAAAGAGGGAAUUCAAACCAGGAAACGAAAACCUAAGAACAUAACUAAAUCAAAGUCUUGCUCUGGUAAUAGCAAUAAUUCCGUUCCUAUGACUCCAACUUCCACCUCCUCCAACUCAGAUGACUGCAGCAAAAACACUUCCCCCACCACGCAACCCACAGCCUCAGGGGCGGGCGCUCCUGUGAUGUCCGGCGCUGGAGAGAGCACCAACCCUGAGAAUAGCGAGCUUAAGUAUUCGGGUCAGGAUGGGCUCUACAUCGGUGUCAGCCUGGCCUCGCCGGCGGAGGUCACUUCUUCUGUGCGACAGGAUUCCUGGUGCGCCCUGGCCCUGGCCUGAACCGCGCUGCUCGCGCCUGAUUGGACGUUGGCAACUCUGCUGGCAGACAUUCCCCACGCUGUGUGAUUUCUGUGCCUUUAUUUUGAAAGACAUGUAUUCCAGGAGAGACCGGAUGGCAGAAGGGCAGAAAAGACAGGGCUGUUCUCGCCAACGGUGGUGCAUACCACCUCUCUCCAGCCAGGACUGCCUCCAGCCAGCCUGGCCCUCCGAGCCACAGCCCUUGCAUAGCUUCCAGAAACCCAGACUGAGGACCGAGGACCUUGCCAAGGGCAGGAUUUAAAAAACGGACUGUCAGUGUAUUGCCCCAGUCAUGUGCUUCUUCUUCUUCACCUUCUUCUUUUUAAAUUGGAAAGUCAGACAUACAGACAGGAGGAGAGACAGAGAGGAA